UCUAGGAAGUGAGCUUCUUAAAAAUGAAACGCAGCAGACUUUGGAUGCAGCUAACGUGUCAGACACACUGACUCUUACUGCCCUGAGGGACCAUACUGGGAAGAGUCUGACCUGUGAAGUGAAAGCAGACAUGAGAAAUAACUCAAAACAGGUUUCUUACUGUCUAGACAUACACUGUGAGUACCUAAUUACAAUUCAGAUUCACUUUAGAAUGGUAUACGGUGUUUUAGUGAUAGUCCCUAGUUAAUUUGUGAAUAAAUAAUGGUAACACGUUACUGAAAGCAUCCAUGUAUAAUGCAUUAUGAUGCAGCUAUGCAUUGUAAGACUUGUCAUGAGUAUGUUUGAACCCAUUUAUAUUGUCUUAUAAUCAUUUUAUAUCCCCUUUAUAAUGUCUUAUAAUCCUAAUGAUCUGGACUAAAAUUCCAGCCAGGUUGGAAUGUUUGAAAAUCUUACGCAUAGAGAAACAGCAAAUAAGACUUGUUAUAAGACUUGCUUUUAACAAGUUAGAAACCAUUUUACCUGGAUGCUCUCGGUAGAGUGUUACUGAAAUGAUUCACUGUGUUCAAAGAUGUCUCCUUCCAGCCUUGAUGGCAGUACAGUACACUUAAUCCUUGAGCUAUUGAACUGUUUGACUUAUGCUGAAUUACUAAUCGCCAUAAAGGCGCCACUCCCUGGGCACUCAUGUAGAUCAGACAGGAUCGGAUAGAUCCUGAAGCAACAUGAUAAUAUGAUAUGUCCUCAGAUAUCUCAUAGUUGUGUUCCAGAUGCACCCAAGAUCAACAUCAGUGCUUCCUCAUCUGGCAUGGAAGAGGAGGAAGUGGUGAUGAGCUGCAGAAGUGACGGCCACCCCACCCCCACCAUUGAGUGGGAGAGAAAAGGGGAGCUGUGGCCCAAGAAUCUGCAUCGACACGCACAAGGAAACGUCACGGGCCGGCUACACCGCAGCAACCAAGGGGUUUACCAGUGUGUGGCCAAGAAUGUGGUGUCCGAGGUAAAGGAAGAGAUGAAACUGAAGGUGCAAUACGGACCAGCAAACACAAGUAUCCAGUCCUUCCCACUGCAGGCCAUUUCCUAUGGGGUUCAGCUGAACCUUACCUGCUUGUCAGACAUGUACCCCAAAGCCAAACAGUACAUCUGGACCAGGAUCCCAGAUAUGGCCCUACCCAAGGAGGCCAUGGUUACAAACAGCCGUUUAAUCAUAGAUAACUUCCAAGAGCACCACCAAGGCAUCUUUGAGUGUAGAGUGAUUCACCACAGUGGGAAUACAGAGAGAGCAUUCUAUACCGCCUCUGUACAAGCGGAGCCCGAGUCUAAGGUGUUCACUCAGUUGGUGGGUGCAGUGUCUGGCAGUCUUGUCAGCGGAAUCACAGGAGGGAUCGUGGCAGGAUUCAUGUUAGCUAAAUGUCUGAAGUGAUGCUACCUUAAUUAUCACCUCACUGUGUGGGAUCUAUUCCGGAGCCAUUCAGAUGGUCUCAACCAGAGUGCAUUAUUCUCAAUUCAUACAGCAGAGCUUAACAGCGUUUAAUGUACAGUACUUUCAGAAAGUAUUCAUACCUCUUAAUGUAUUCCACAUUUUGUUGUG